AUGCAAUCCGAAUGGUAAAAAAGGUAUGAUCAAGUUAGAACAAUAACUCCUUCAAAGUAAAUUCGAAUAAGAACAACUCCAAGUCCUGAGAGACCAAUGAAAUUGAAAUUUGCCUAAUCUCCUGUUCAAGCACUUUAUACCACUUCCACCAAGGCAACUGUGAUUUUGCCUUUACAGAAUGAGUAAAAAUAUACUAUGCCAGAAACACGGCAGGGUUGCAGAUCAAUAGAACUGUCAAAUAAUUUGGGGAUUGUGAUGGGAGGGCAUUCUCACAGAGAAUCUUUGGAAUUCAAUUUUAUAGACUUGCAAAAUGGAUAAUGGUUGUAGAAAUAGCAAUUUCAAGAUUGGGAAUUCUUGAAAUACAGAAUGAAGGAAAGCAAUACAAAAUUAGGAAGUCACUUUUCAAUCAAUUAUGAUGCUGAAGAGCAGACUCUUUAUUGUUUUGGAGGCGAAAGGAUAUAGGGAGUUAGAAGAUAAAGUAAUACUUUAAGCAAGAUACAAAAUCAUCAAUUGCAAUAAUUUAUUAUAAACGGGAUUCCUCCAAGAAGGAAUCAUACAUCAACUCUGAUGGAUAAUUAGUUGAUAGUGAUUGGAGGAUUUGAAGACAUGAAUACAAAACCUAAUUAUUUUGGGGAUAUUCACAGCAUCAAUUUGAAUACUAUGAAAUCAACUCCAUUAUAAAAGUAGUUUAUGAAAAAUGGAUUGGCAUACCAUCAGGUGAUAAGUGUACAGAAAAAGAACCAAUAUUUUGAGGAAAAGGAGAAUGGCAUAUAUUUAUUCGGAGGAAAGGAUUAGGAAGACAUUUUCAAUAGUGAUUUGAUUUAGAUUGUGAUAGGGAAUUAGUUUUAAGUGAAUGUCGUAUAGACUGCUGGAUAAUAACCAAAGGCAAGGAGGAACUUUAGUAUGAAUUACGAUCAAAAUAGUUAAUGCAUAAUUAUUUUUGGUGGAACAAAUGACUUUGAGAUUUUUGAUGAUUUGUAUACUUUAAAUAUUCAGAUGGAUACUUAAACUUCUAACCUAGAUAUGAUCAUUGUUCAUUGUAUUAAAAUGAAAAGUUGA